CCACUUUUCCCAGAAAAGCACAGCAGGCUGGAUACAUGCAGAGGGAAACAAUAGCAAACUGAGGAGGCAGCCACCAUGGAGGUCUUGGUCUUGGUGGACUUUGAGGGGCAGUUGGGCGAUGAGCUGAAGAUCACUGCUGGUGACAUCAUCCACAAGGUGCAGCUGGGCCCUGAAGAAGGGUGGCUGCAGGGAGAGCUGGAUGGCCGGGUGGGGCUCUUUCCGCGGCAGUUUGUGCAGGAAAUUCCAGCAAGCCUCCGGGCAGAUGGCACCCAGCGAUACCCCCGAUCCCUCCGCAGUGCCCAUGCUGUGAAACAGCUGCCAACAGCGAAGCAGCGCUGGUGCAAGGUCACUUUCCCCUACGCCCCAGCCAAGGAAGAUGAGCUGGAGCUGUCCCCUGGAGAAAUGGUGCAGAUCUUGGAGGAGAUUGAAGAUGGCUGGUGGCUGGGGAGGAAGAAGGGACAACUGGGAGCAUUUCCAUCCAACUUUGUGCAAGAGCUAAACAGCAUCCGUUCAGAUAUGAUUUUCACAGAGCCCAAAGUGGGAGCAGGAGGCAAGGCUCGGCCAAAAAUGACCAACGAGACCUUCCUGCUCAGUGACUCUGAGAAGCUGGAGAAUGCCACCGAGAAUCCCGUCCCUCCUCAGAUGCAAGCAACCCCAAAGGUCCAGGCUCCACAACCUGGCAAAGCCCCUCUCUAUUGCCGAGCCAUGUUUGAUUACGAACCAGAGCAUGAAGACGAGCUGCUUCUCAGGAAGGGCGACCUGGUCCUCUUGUUGAGCAAGGAGACAGCGGACAUGGGCUGGUGGGAAGGCGAGAUCCACGGCAGGAGGGGCCUUUUCCCUGACAACUUUGUCAUGCCUUUGACCCAGGUGGAGCCUGAGAUCAAAGUCAAAGUGCCAGUACGGAGGAAGGACUCCGCCUCCAAGCCAGGGAAGAAGGCCCUCCAAGGUGGCAAGGUGGAGGGCAGACAUCCUGGAGACCACAAAGCAGAUCAUCUUGCAAUUGCACCACAUCAAAGCCGUUUCCCCUCUCUCCUGCUGGCUGACGCAAGGGAACAGAAGAAAAUGGACCCCCCCAGGCUGAAUCCUCUUCCAGUCAAGAAGCCAGCCCCCCCUCCUCCAGUGCCAGCUAAGGCCAAGCCACCACCCAACCUUCCCCACAAACCCUUUGGCGUUCCAGUUUUCUGCACAGCAACCCCUGGGGGCAGAGGAAAAUGCAAGGAGACGGCAGAGACCGAUACUUUUGACGCCGUCCCCGUUCCCAGUGCCAAACUGAGCCACCUGACAGCCAGCCGUCCCAAAGUGCCAGGGAAGAGGCCACCCAGCCAGCUGGUGGCCAGCUCACCGGAGGAGAUGGGAUCAAUCCAUACUUCCAGCUCUGUAGAGAAAGCAAAAAGCCCUGAGCUGGUGAAGGAGUCAUCCCGUUCCAUCAGAGAAGAGUCUCUGCCCCCAGCCUCUGAGACACCACAAACAGAGGAGCACCUGGCAUCUCUGGAGGACCUCAAGAUGGAGCUCCAGUCGCUGAGGACCCUGAUGGAUCUGAUGCGUGCUCAGCAUCGGAAAGACAUGGAGGAGCUGAAAGUGGAAAUGAGCCAUGAGCAGUCCAAACGGGCAGCUCUACAGGCAGAAAUUGAGCGGCUGAAGCAGGCAGUGCCUGAGUCACUGGAGCCGGCCUGUAAACAUCCCUCCCCCGGGAGCAGAGCGGUAGAGUUGGCAGGCCCUCGUCUCUCCUCCUCCGGCGCUCCCAACGCUCAGGCCGCAAUCUCUGCCGAGGACUGAAUGAGUUGCACUGCUGCUUUUCUCUCUCUUCCCUUAUUAAUGCUGAGCUCUUAGCUGAAUGUGUGUGUUGGGGAGAGGAGGAAGGAUACACCUUUAUGCGUCAUGGGGUUCUCUUCCCUUCUCCCCUCUCCACCACAGCCACAUCCAGAGAACCUUCGUGGGAACCCUGGUACAACCAGCAGCGCCUGUGUGCCUGCGCUUGACUCCUGCCUGCUGUGGGUGGGCUGCUCAGCUGAGGGCACUUUGCUCGUGGGAUGGUCUGGCAGCAGUUGCUAUGACAGCGCCAAAGCAGGUGCUUGUCGAGUGAAACCAAGGGUGAUCAACACACCUUCCUUUCUCGCCUGCCUCAGUCUCUUGCAUCCCCUUCCAGAGCUGCUUCUCUGCCCAGUUUUGACUCUCCUACAAACAUCACUUAUUGGUCAGUUCUUCUUUAUCCUCUGAAGCCCGGGGCUAAUGGGGCAGGCUUACGGCACAUGAAAUUUGGCUCGGUUGUCAUAGCUUCUCCGACCGAUGGAAUAGGAUGCUCCUGUCAUCCAAGAGUUCUUACAGACCUUUUUCUUUGGAUGACUUUAUGGGAGCAGUUGCUUUGGUGUGUUUCUGUUUCUUUGGUGGCAUGGACAAAUAUGUUCAGUCUCUCUUCAAAAGUGGCCUACGGCGAGCGGUAUGAGUGUAUCGACUUUCCCCAUCCGGGCGCCCUCCAGCUGUUUGGACUGCAGCUUCCAUUAGCCUUGGUCUAGGGCCUCUCCUUCUUAACAUGUUCUGGUGGUGAGCAAUGGGGUAAACGGCUCUUGGGCUUUAACUGUCUCGAGCGCAGGGGGAGGUGUGUGUGUGUAAUCACAACUGGAAAUAUUCAUAACUCUUUAUGCAUAAAUUUGUAACAUUUUAAUUUAAAAUAAAAAUAUUUUUCUAUGCAAAUCA